ACCCUCCUGCUUUCCUCUAUAUUUUCCUUGAAUUGUUGCCAACAUUCCUCUCGCUCUCCGCUACAUACUUUCUAACAAUGCCAGGAUCACCAGCCAUUGGCGCGUACCCCAGCGUACACCCACAACAACGUGCAUUUAACCCGUACACUCAGAAUGGCGGAACCAUACUCGCCAUUGCGGGUGCCGAUUUUACUGUGAUCGCAUCGGAUACACGACAGACAGAAGGAUUCAGCAUUCAAACUCGUUAUGCGCCUAAAGCCUUCCAACUGACGGACCGCGCUGUGCUAGCAGUCAAUGGUUUCGCAGCAGACGGCAAUAUGUUCGUGAAGCAGGUGAAACAGCGACUCGAGUGGUAUCGUCAUGCGCAUGCAAAGGAUAUGCCCCUACGUGCCAUCGCACGAUUGAUUCAGACCAUGCUUUACGGCCGGCGAUUCUUUCCCUACUACGUCUAUAACAUCCUCGGUGGGAUAGAAGAAGACGGCACGGGCGCCGUCUACUCAUUCGAUCCUGUAGGGUCAUAUGAGCGUGAAGCAUGUCGCGCUGCAGGUGCUGCUCAAUCCCUCGUCCAACCUUUCCUCGACAAUCAGAUCUACUUCAAGAACCAAACCCCCGCGCAGGGCUUGUCUCACCCCACCCAUCUGCCGCUACCUGACGUUCUUGACAUCGUCAUCGACUCUUUCACCAGCGCGACGGAGCGCCACAUUGAGGUCGGCGAUGGCCUCGAGAUGUUCAUCGUUCUCGCUAAGGGACGUUCCCUCCAGGGCCUCGAGGGUGCCCGGAAUGUGCAGGAGGUCAGCUCUCGUGCUGGUGGCGAGCGCGUCUUCAUUCUCCGGAAAGAACUCAAGAAGGAUUAAACAAAGAUUCCGUUGUCGUUGCUGCCGUCGUCGUGUUCACUGUCUUACUACUGUACAAUCUUGCUCUCCACCAUCUCAUGUUUGUGUUGUUGACUGGCCACGGACCGCCGCCUCAUCAUCAUACUUCCUUGUUAAUAGAUGCUGCUGCUGCCGGUUCGGUUCCUUCUCGAGCUCAUCGUGGUCGCUACUGGUCUCGGACAACCUGUCAC